AAGGGUAUUGAAGACACCAGAGUGAGUGUGCAGUCUGAAAAUUGGACAGCACAUGCUGCUACAAAACACCCAGAGCCUGUUCCUAAAAUCUAACCAAUUACUUCACUCUCUGGGUGGAGUUUGUUCAUUCUCCUCCCCCUUUGCCCCCCCAGAAGCUUCAAAAUCUCCAUCACUUAGAUGGUCCUUUGCUCUUUAGCUGUUGUCUCCACUGUUCCCAGUCGGCACCGCUGAGGCAUUUGAAGGUCAUGCCAAUUAAUGUCGUCUUGGAUGGCCCGGCCCCCUGGGGGUUUCGUCUGUCAGGAGGAAAGGACUUCAACCAACCUCUAACCAUCUCCAAGAUCACUCCAGGCAGCAAAGCCUCCAUAGCGAACUUGUGUGCCGGAGACGUCAUCGUGGCCAUCGAUGGGGUUCCGGCCACAAAUAUGAUGCACUGUGAAGCCCAGAACAAGAUAAAAGAAUCCACCACGAGGCUCCGUCUCUCUGUUGAAAGGAAUGAAGCUGGACUGUGGUCACCACGUGUCGUGGAGGACGGGAAAGCUCAUCCGUUUAAAAUGAACCUGGAGACAGAACAACAGGAGUUCAAACCUAUCGGCAGUGCUCACAACCGCAAAGCUCAGCCAUUUGUGGCGGCGGCAAAUAUAGACGACAAGCGGCAGGUGGUUAGCACAACCUACAACACUCCUAUAGGUCUAUACUCCUCAGGAAAUAUCCAAGACGCAAUGGAGGGUCAAGUCCGCGGUCUAGUCCAUAACAAGCCUGAAAGCCGGGCCCUAACCAGCAUCGAGGAUUCUGAUGUGUACCGAAUGUUACAGAGUGAGCAGGAGGAGCCGCACGAGCCGCGGCAGUCUGGUUCCUUCAAAGCGCUGCAGGACUUUAUCGACAGUGAUGGAACUCGGCCCAUUGCAACCAGAACAGUUAAAGCCCCCACCACCAAACCAACGGCACCCACAGGAAACCUGCAAAAACUGCCCAUCUGUGACAAGUGUGGGAACGGCAUCGUUGGGACCGUUGUGAAAGCUCGGGACAAAUAUCAUCACCCUGGUUGCUUCGUGUGUGCCGACUGUGACCUGAACCUGAAACAGAAAGGUUAUUUCUUCGUGGAAGGGCAGCUGUACUGUGAGGCUCACGCCCGUGCCAGGAUGAGGCCACCAGAGGGACACAAGCUCAUCACGACAUACACUUCAGCAUAGGCCCCGCCCCUUUUAUUCACACGAAUGCCAGCUACGUGGAGUUCAUGUGUUCAUCUGCACUUUGUUUCUUGUGUGCAGUAAUGUUGCAGUAAGACGACGCUGUUCUCUGUGAACAGCGCAGUGUGAUGAUGUACGCUCGAAAUCAGAUGUUUUUAGAGAACUGCACGAACCUGCUGGUCAAAGAUACAAAAUCAACCACACAAAACAAGACGUUUGACAGUUUUUCAAAGUUUUCAUAUUCUUCCAAUAAAGAAUUCUAUGCAAUCA